AUGGGACAACACUUUUUGUUUCAUCGUGAUUUAGUAGCGGCAACAGCUAUUCAUCACGCUGUUAAUGCUCGUCUUUCGAACGAUAUUGAGUCCGAUUUAGUGCUUGUUGGACCCCAGUGGCUUCGUAUUUACCGUAUCGAGCCUUUUCCAAGCGCAGAGACUGCUGUUGAUGCUGCAAAAGGUCAAGUGCUGCAUCUUGAAGCCUCUUUUCCCUUGGCAGGCGUCGCAGAGAGCGUUCACGUACUGAGAUUUGAUCGGAGUUUAUUGAGAAAAAAACAUCGUUUCUUUGGAGGUGACGAGGUUCUUUUACUUACUUUUUCAUUGUGUAAGUGGGUUAUUGUCGGUUAUGAUCGACGAGCUCGGAAUUUAGCGACAUUGGCCAUGUUUUCAUUUGAAGAAGAUGCAAUUGGACCUGGAGCGACAUUGAAAGGUGAAAAGAAUGGCCAGGAACAACUUUUAGGACUUGGAGCGCAAGCUGCAGCAAGAGUAGACCCACAAACGAGAUGUGGUGCUAUGCUCAUUUAUUCAGAUCAGUUAGUUAUUGUACCGUUCCGAAGUGAAUCAAUUGAGCUUUCAUUUUUUGAAGAAGAUGAAGAAGAGUUUGAAGAUGAAGAGCAAGGAACGACCACGGCAGAUUCAGACGAGGAAGAAGACGAUGAAGAAGAGAAAAAAUUGGAAGAACUUGUAAAUGAAAGCAAACACAAAGGUGUGACAAGCGAUAUGAGCAACACACUAAAUGCUUUGCUAGACAAGAGUGUUAAGGUUGGAUCGAAGCGCAAACGUAACCAUAUGAGUGGACUUAUGCCGAAUGAUAUCACUGGGAGAGAAUUCUUAUUGCGUCUUCGAGAAUUGGAGAUUACUGGAAAGGUUAUUGAUUUGGCUUUUCUUGAUGGAUAUUUGGAACCGACGCUGAUGUUACUGCACGAGGAAAAUGAGAGAAACUCGUCAUAUGGGCGGCUGGCUGUAGGGUUUGACACGUACUGCCUUACAGUCAUAUCAAUUAACAUGAACACAAGACUUCACCCAAAGAUAUGGACGGUGAAAAACCUUCCGUCAGACUGUUUCCGCUUGAUUCCGUGCCGUGCACCGCUUGGCGGCGUGGUGGUCUUGUCAGCGAACGCUUUUCUAUAUUUUAACCAGACGCAGUUCCACGGCCUUGCGACCAAUGUUUUUGCGAGCAAGACCGUGAACCAAUCAGUUCUGCCCCUUAGCGACGCGGUUUACGAGACCCCAGACCACGACAUUGCACAACUUAACGUUGUGCUUUACGAUUGCCAAUAUGAGUACUUGGGUGAGAAAGAGCUGCUGCUUACUUUGCCAAGUGGAGAGGCAUAUGCACUUUCUUUGUUUUACGAAGAAACGUCAAGCCGUGGCCUUUACGGUUUCGCUGGCGCAUCGUCUAGUCGGAAGGCGUCAUUGUCGUUGCGAUUGCUUCAAUCUGGCAUUGUAGCAAAUUGUUUGUGCUUGAACGACGAGAAAAAGACGUUGUUUGUAGGCUCGAGGUCUGGCGAUUCAGUGCUAUACGCUUUGGAUCAGAAGAAGUUGGCUAGCGCUGACGCUAAGGAUGAAGUAUCACAAGAACCAAAAGAUGAGGAAAUGCCGGUUAAGGAGGAGUUAGCUAUAAUAGAAGCGACUUUUCCGAUGAAAUCAGAGCCAGUGGAAGACGAAGAGGAGGAUGAAGACGAAGAUGAUUUGUUUUUGUAUGGGAAGGCUUUAACAAAGGAAGAUACAGCAACAGCAACGGAUUCAACUGAGUCUGCAAAUGGACGGAAUGGAUCCAACACUAGAAAGAGUGUAAAUAAUGCUUUUUUAAAAGAAGGCUGUGGUCCAUAUGAUUUUGAACUGCGGCAGAUUGACAUUUUACCAGGUAUCGGACAGAUCACGUCAAUUGAGCUGGGCGUUGAAAGUAGCGCAGACUCGAACGAGAAACGAGAGGAACUUGUGAUUAGUGGCGGAUUUGAGCGCAAUGGCGCUAUCUCAGUGCUGCACAACGGGUUGCGCCCGAUUGUUGGUACAGAGGCAGAACUAAGUGGUUGCCGAGCAAUGUGGACGGUGUCGUCUUCACUGCCUUCGAUGACCAAAAGCUCUGAUGGGCGGAGCUAUGACGCAUACCUCAUCCUGAGUGUUGCUCAUAGAACGAUGGUACUCCGGACAGGCGAGGGCAUGGAGCCAUUAGAGGAUGAUAGUGGCUUUUACACGUCUGGUCCAACGCUUGCUGCAGCGAAUCUGUUUAACAAGCAGCGGAUUAUACAAAUAUUUAAGCAGGGUGCACGCGUGAUGAUGGAAGUUCCCGAAGAGGAAGCACCAAAUAGCCAAGAGACGAUAGAGAAAGCCGCCGAUACGGAUGAAGAAGUAGACAACGAUGAAGAAGACGCAGGUCCGAGGGUCAAGCUAGUUUGCACGCAAGAAAUCACCUUAGAGGGCGAUGUUGAGUGUGGAGGAAUGAACGUUGACACAUCAAGCGUUGGAAUUGUGUCCGUGGACGUUAUUGAUCCGUACAUCCUUUUACUUCUGACCGACGGUUCGGUUCGUCUACUCAUGGGAGAUGAAGAAGACUUAGAGCUGACGGUAAUUGACCCAGAGAUUGAUUAUCUCGAUGGCAUUGCCGACUCAAAUGACACUGCGGACACAUUGAAGCAUGGCAGUAGUUCUGCUUGUCUCUUUUAUGACUGGGCUGGCAUGUUUCGUGAAAACGCGUGGGGAGAGGACGAGCGCGAAGAGAGAAGCGAGUCUGCAGCGAAUGCAAGUAAGAAAGAAAACGCAGACAAAGACGAUGAUAUGGAUGCAUUGUACGAUACUAAACAAAGUGUAAGAGCGACUUCGGCUGACCGCAAUAGCAAGGCGAAGUCGAUGUUGGACCAAGCUUUCCAGACGAACGUUGAUGGUUCCGUGUCGAUCCCGCUGCUGAUGCAGAAGGAUGCGAAGAUGAUGUGUGGCAUGUGUUUUGGUGAUGGUUCUCUUCAUGUCUUUUCCCUCCCGGAUUUCAAAAAGAGAGGCAUGUUUCCGUACCUGACUUUUGCACCACAGUUCCUUGUCAAUACGCUAGAGCACUACCAAGUCAGCAAAACGAAAAAGGUAAAAUUUUCUGCUCCAAUUCUCGGUCUUAACGCAUCGACAUCUUCAGCAAACGACGGCCGUAUCAAGAAGUCGCACACUGUCAAUUCGCCAGUAGCUGAUAUCAUCAUUCAUCGCGUUGGCCCAAGCGAAGGUCAGCAUAACGCACAAUAUCUCUCUCGAAUGGUAAUGCUGGUGUUCCUAGCAAACGGCGACUUGCUCAUGUACUCCGCGAUACCUAAGGCUGAGGGUAUGAAAUUGCGAGCGGAAAAAGGAGAAGUCGCUCCUGUAUCUCAUUUCCUUCGCGUGGAAACUGAUCUCAUCACUCGACCAUUUCUCCCUCCACGAGCUCGCACGAAUGCUCAUAACGAGUCUGGCAACAAUCCAGAAGUGAGCACCAGUGCAGUACUGGCUAAGCUCCGCGCUGGGUUUCGGUAUCCUAUGCUAACAAGCUUUGCCAACGUUAACAACAUGAGUGGUGCGUUUUUUCGGGGUGCUCAUCCGAUGUGGAUCGUUGGUGAUCGCGGUUUACCGACCUUUAUCCCGAUGUGCGUUGCUGGAUCAGCCCCGCCAGCUCCACGAGUAAAAGGUGCAUCUAACAAGAAUGUGGCUCCCAGAGUAAGCGUGCCUGUUCUGAGUUUUACUCCGUUUCAUCACUGGAAUUGUCCUAAUGGGUUUAUUUACUUCCAUUCGCGCGGUGCAUUGCGUGUGUGCGAACUUCCUUCGAGCAAAACUUCGACAAUCCUGCCGUCAAGCGGUGGCUUUGUACUUCAGAAGGCAGAGUUUGGUACUACCUUGCAUCACAUGCUUUAUCUGGGCAGCCAUGGCCCUGGUGGUGUCGCAGAGGCACUUGAAGCGCCGACAUAUGCUGUUGUUUGCAGCAUAAAGAUGAAGCCAGCUGAUGCAGAACAAGCCACAGAAAUCGAGGGCUUAGAGGAAGAGCAAGACCCUGAGAACUUGGACGCAAAUGGAAAUCCUCUUGGCAGCAAUGUAAUGGCACCGACUGCAGAAAUGUUUCCAGACCAUGAGAUCGAUGAGAUGACUUUAACGGAGGAGGACGUGUACGAGCUUCGCUUGGUGCAGACUGACGAGUUUGGUGAGUGGGGACGUUGUGGGGUAUUCCGUGUGCAUUUUGAGCGGUAUGAGGUGGUGUUGAGCGUAAAGCUUAUGUAUCUGUACGACUCGUCGCUGAUGAAAGAGGAAGUAUUUUCUACUUCGCCAGAAUGGAACAAGAAAAAGAGACCGUAUUUGGUGGUCGGCACGGGCUGGGUUGGCCCGCACGGUGAAGAUGAGAGUGGGCGCGGCCGGCUGCUUCUUUACGAACUUGAUUACGCUCAGUACGUUAAUGAAGAAGGGGGUGCCACGAGUAGAAAGUUGCCGAAGUUGCGGUUAGUGUUUAUUAAGGAACAUCGACAGGGAGCUAUUUCGAUGGUGGCGCAGCUUGGACCGUAUGUGCUGGCGGCGGUUGGAUCAAAGCUCAUCGUGUAUGAGUUUAAGUCGGAACAACUUAUUGGAUGUGCUUUCUACGACGCGCAAAUCUUUAUUGUGACGAUGAAUGUUGUGAAAGACUUUGUCAUGUACGGUGAUGUCUACAAAAGUGUACAUUUCUUACGAUGGAGAGAAAACCAACGCCAAUUGAUACUGCUGGCGAAAGAUUACGAGCCAUUGGCUGUUUCUGCCACCGAGUUCAGCGUGUUUGAGAAGAAGUUAGCGCUGCUGGCAGUGGACAUGGACGAGAAUUUGCACGUCAUGCAGUUUGCACCGCAGGAUAUCGAGUCCCGUGGUGGUCAGCGACUUUUACGUGUUAGUGAUUUCCACUUGGGUGUGCAGGUCUCAAGCAUGUUUCGUAAACGAGUAGACGCUAGCUCUACUGUGUCUGCUACGAACGGCCGCGUAACAACGCCACCUUCCUGCUACGUUAACAUUAUGGGUAACUCCGAGGGUGGUGUUGGCGCUCUGAUUCCAGUUAGCGAGCGCGUUUUCCGCCGUCUUUUCACCUUGCAAAAUGUGAUGAUUAACACAUUGCCUCAGAACUGUGCACUGAAUCCACGUGAGUUUCGCAUGCUCAAGACCAAUGGUCAGCGACGGUGUGGAAGGCCUGAUGCGUGGAGCAAGAAGAAGUGGAAGAAGAGCUUCUUGGACGCAUUCGUGCUAUUCCGCUUUUUAUUACUUGACUAUGUGGCCCAAAAGGAGCUGGCACGUUGUAUUGGUACGACACCCGAGGUUGUCAUUCAUAAUCUGCUAGAAGUCCAGCAUGCCACAGCAACUUUCCUGUGA